AUGAGCCAUACCGGCCUGGGGGGGCCCAAGGCGCCGAGGUCGGGCGCGCUGGGCGGCGGGCGCGCGGAGGCGAUCGCCGCUGAGGCGAUUCCGGCCGCCGUGCUGACGGGCGCAUUUGCGCUGCUGCCGUUCGCGGAGAGGAAGGAUUCCAUUCCACUGGUGUGCAAGCGCUGGAAUCGGCUGACAAAAAUGCAGCCCGAGAUUUGGAAAUCAUGUGGUUGGGAUGGACAGGAGUUGGCUGAAGGUGGGGAUGCCGAAGUUGACUGGCUGCGAGCAGUUGACUGGUUCUUGGACAGGUCUGUGGCGGUGGAGUCGCUGAUGGCAUCAAAGGUCGAUUUCUCCUCAGGCACUGAUGCACCUGCACACUCGGUGCUGUUUGCUCUGCUGGGCGCAUCGUUGCAUGAGCUUAAGCUCAUGGACUGCAGAAUGGACAACAACUUCUGCCUUUCGAGGGCCGGCCUCCUGGGGCUGCACAGCUUGAGGCAUCUUGAGAUCCGGCUCUCGCACGGCCGAAUUCGAUGGAACUCUGUGUCGCGGCUGUCCCGUUUGGCAAACUUAGAAGUGCUGUGCAUCGGCUGCGCUGGGAGCGUCCAUGACUCAGGCAGCUCAGUCUCGAUCAACUUCCCACAGAGACUGAGGCGGCUGGAGAUCAGCGGCCUGGGGAAAGUGCAGGCAGUCUUCCCACCGGAGGUGUUCCAAAGCUGGCAGCGCCUGGAGAAGUUGGACCUGUGGGGGACCGGGGUGCGGCCCUUCCCCGAGUCAGCAUCCACCAUGUCCAAACUCAGCGAGUUGCGGGUUUGGAUCGAGCCCAGGAAGGGCGAAGAUCCGUGGGUGGGCUUGCUGGGCCUGCACGGUUUGAAGCACCUGGAGCUGCAGCUGCACGACGGGUUGCCAGUCUGGAGGGAGCUGAGGCAGCUGUCCCAGCUGCGCAGCUUGGAGAUGCUGCAUGUUGACUUCGAGAUCCAGAACGCGGUUUGGGAGGACGACUGCUCCGCACCUGCCGUUAUAAGCUUUCCGCACAGGCUGAGGAGCCUGCGGCUGCGGUGCUUUGGCAAGAUCAAUGCCGCCCUGUCGCCCCAGGCCUUCCAAAACUGGCAGAGGCUGGAGACAUUGGACCUGUGGGGCACCGAGGUGCAGUCCCUCCCUGUGUCCGUCUCCUCGCUCACCAAUCUUGUUGACUUGCACAUCUGGACCAAAUUCAGGCUGGGGGACAACACCUGGGCUGGACUCCUCAACCUGCGCAGCCUGCGGCGGCUGGAGCUUCACCUGGAUGAUGGCCUCCCUGCCUGGACCUCGAUCUCUCAACUCUCGAAGCUGCCCAUGUUGCAGAUGCUGCACGUUGAAUUCAUCGGGCAGGGCAUCGGCUACGAGCACGGCCGCUUCAUGCCCAUCUUCAUCAGAUUCCCACAGAAGCUGAACAGCUUGAGGAUUAGGGGCUUUGGCAAGAUCAACGCCGUGCUGCCCAUGGAGGCGCUGCUGACCUGGAAAGAUAUGGAGGCGCUGGACCUGGGGGGAACAGAGGUGCAGUCCCUGCCUGCCUCUGUGGCCUUUCUCACCAAAUUGACGGAGCUGCGCGUUUGGACAAAGACAAAUUUGGCCGAGAGCACCUGGACGGGGCUCAGGUGCCUGACGGGUUUGAGGCACUUGGAGCUGCGCCUGGGGGACGGGUUUCCGUCUUGGAACUCGAUGUCGCAGCUGUCGCGGCUGAAAUGUUUAGAGUCCCUGCACGUGGACUUCAUGGGGCGGAAAUUCGCCAUGAACGCGGCGAAUCCGCUGUUGUUUGCACCGCUAGAGGGGGCCAAAUGA